UGAAUUCAAACGUUGUCCACCGACCAUCAGCAUUGAACAUUAACUGUGUGACAAACGUAGUUUGUGGAGCGCUUCUGUUUUAAAUGUCACCUCUCACUGAGCUCUUAUUGGUGUUUAACAGACACGGUGAACUCUUUUUAUGCUUCAAGUCAGAUAACUUGCUCGACUAAGUCCUGGCUAGCGAACGCUUUUUGCGUUCAUGGAUUAUUUUUACAUUAACCUUUAGGGUUCACUCAUGAGGAGUCAUCACGUCAAUAGACAAUCUCUGCCUUGACUUCGCUCAAGCUUCUCACCAUGUUGUCUUACGGUGUCAGGAACGUCCUGUCGCGGUGCACAAUAAACGCCACGCCACGCAGAGCAACACCGGCUGCGCGACUCUCCGGGAGACACUGCAGCGCAUCCUCUGGCGGGGAUGUGGACCGGGUCAGCGCUUUGCUGCAGCUCUGUGUGGACAGACACUAUGUCUCGCCUGGUCACACCAACACCGAGCGGCUCAAAUGUGGCACGAGCUGUAUCUAUGGGCCUCUGGGCACGGAGCUGAGGAGAAACCUGCUGGAGCAGUGGUGGCGCUCCGUGACCAGGUCCACCGCCCAGGUGUUUGGGAUAAGCACUCUGAGCAGCAGCGAGGACCCAGCCGCGGAGACACGGGGCCAGCUGAGGAUGGUCGAGUCUGACUGUUUACUACGCGUACUGGAGCAGCCAGAACUGAGCAGGGAGCAGCUCGUCCAGGAGGUGCAGGCGCUCAUUCGGAGGUCCCCCUCUCCGAGGACUAACUUUCUACAAGGUGCGUUGGAACAAUUUGUCCCCUCGUUGGAGCUGGUGAACAGGAAGCUACCCUUUGGCCUGGCUGAGUCUGGUCUGUGUUUCCAGCCCUCAGAUGGCUCUGGUUGCCCAGCUGAGGUCACCCAGACGUCUCUGGUGUGGUUCUGCUCUCCUCGUACCUCUUCCCAGUGGCUGGAUCACUGGGCACGACAGAGACUGAAGUGGUGGAGGAAAUUUGCCCUGUCUCCAUCAGACUUUAGCAGCAGUGACGUCCCAGUGGAGGAACUCGAGGGAGAGGCGUCUCGCGGCGUGAGGAUCAGCUACAGCUUCCCGUGGGGACAGGAGACCCUGGAGACGCUGUGGAGCCGAGGACACGCCGAGCUGCUGCAGACACACAAAGGAGUCCGUUCCAAACUACAGUGCCGAGAUGGUCGCAAGUCGGUUCCUCACGUCGUCUCGGUAACCGGGAACAUGGACCGCGGAGUGAUGGCCUUUCUGUCCAACUCACUCCAGCAGCUCAUGAAAGAAGACGGCAAGCAGAAGCUGCUGAGGAGAAAGGUCCUAAAGCUGCACCCAGUGCUGGCUCCGGUCAAAGUGGCUUUAGACAUUGGCAGGGGAGCCACUAUGGAGCUGAGGCAGGUUUGUGAAGGGCUGCUGCAGGAGUUCAUGGAGGAUGAGAUCUCUGCGUGGCCCGGGUAUCUGGAAACUCUGCCAACGUCGAUGGAGGAGCUGAACACAAAGUAUGAUGAGAUGGGAGUGCUGUUCACCGUGGUGGUCAAUGAGAACACGCUGGAGAGCGGCCUGCUUCAAGUCCGCAGCAGAGACACCACCGUCAGAGAGACCAAGCACAUCUCGGAGAUCAAGAACUUUCUCUCCAGAUACAUUACUGCUGCCGACAACAUCUGAAUGGACCUUUUUGUUUCGGCAACUAAAAAGAAAGUUUAAAUAUUGAGGAAUAUUUCUGCCGAGCAUUUCAUGGAAACAUUUAUUAAAUUUGUCGGAAUGACUUUUGGAUCAGUGUGUUUCGGUGUAUUUUGCAAUUCUGUACCUUGUUUUUUUAAACUGCUAUAAAACUAUUUUUGUGAUAUGUGAAAAAGAAGAUGUGCGCAUGUUGCUCAAAGUUUAUGUGGACAUGCCCAUGGUGCAUGUACCCGGAGUUUUGUAUUGGGAAUGACUGGAGGCCAUCCUACGGUAUCCCUCGGUUCUUCCAGGACAAGAAGAAGGAUCAGUUCAUGUCUGUCAGAAUUCAACAGGGUGGUAUUUACAUGAUUAGAGGAGGAUUGGAUCAAUGUUUUGUUCAGGUUUCUGUCUCCCUUUCUAUUCAAAUAUACAGUGUCUCUUGAA